AUGAAAUGGUCCUCUGUAUGUUGGCCAUCAUCCGUAGCCGACGUAUUCGGACGAAUUCGAGACAUGGAAAAGAUCAGGACUAAGCUCAUUGUUGACGCAUUCCGAGAUACUCAAUCCAUGCUUCCACUGAUUCCUGAUCCGACGAUAGUUCAGAUUGAUGAAGGGUGUCCCACCCGGAAACAUGAUGAUCUCCCUGAAGAGCCUCUGAUGCCUCCUCCAUCUGAAUUUUUCAUCACAAAAUCCGGUCAACAAAUCAUUUCUUAUUUUUCUGGAAAAAGCGAAAAUCAUCAAGACAAAGGAAAACAGAUUGCAACAGACUCUGACAGCCCAAUGAAGACAUUCAAAAAAUACUAUGUCUCUUAG